GUUAAUGUCGACUAAUUACAGAGAGAAAGGCAGGGAGAGUACUCCGAAUAUGAGUAAUUCUAGAGCUUAUAUUAAAUACAAGCCUAAGUUAAGCAUGUUCAAAAAUGUCCUAGCAACAAAUUACUCUUUAAAAUAAGGAAAAAUUAGGCAAACCUGAUUUAUUUGCACUCGAUCCUUUGAAAAUGAGCCGUGACUCAGAGAUUGUAGAGCAUGAUAAGGAAGAUGAUCUGCAAGACUUCCACAAGAGUAACACUGCCAUAAUUCCAUUAGUCACAGACAAUCUGGAGGCAUCUUAUAAGAAAGAACCUAAUCGUGAUUAUACUUCAAAAUCUAAAUAAGUCCCUAAGAAAUGCUGAUUUUAAGAGAAGAAGUAUAGCUGCAAGUCCAUUUUUCAAGAAUUCUCAAAUGCAAUCCUUUAGAAAUCGGAAGGAGAGGAACCAUACUCACUCCUCUUCAAAUGGGAAAGCCUGGAAGAACUCUACUCAGAAAUUGAAGGUUUUGAAUGACAAGCGAAAUUUCACGCGUCCAAAUACCCGUGCUUACAGAAACAUUGCAAGCAAGGAGAAGAGGAAAAUACAUCAGUGGUCUCAGAACAAGACUGAACUGACAGAUAAGAAUAUUGACACUGAGAAAUCCCAGAUCAUCAACCUUGAAAGUCAAGGAUUCUCUGCUGAUGCCGGAACUCAGGUUUUAGGCUUUGAUGUUUCAAAAACUCAAGAGUUUACAACAAACCCACAGAUUUGUCAUAGGAAAUCAAAGACAGGGUAUAGCAUACAAAGGCCACAUAUUGACACCUCCAAAUUGGCAGAGCCAGAGUUUUCUAAGAAGGAAGACAACCGAUCAUGUGUUGCUUGAGAGAAGAAGUCCCAAGAUCGUCUCUUCUCAGCAGCUGUAGGAGGCAUCUCAAAAAGAAGCCAUUUCAAGGAAUCUAGCCAGAAGAUGCAAGAUUUCAAUGUAAAUCUGAGAAAUAUUGACAGAUGGCUAGACCAGAAAGAAAGCUCCAUCAACUUUAACUCACAAUUCCAAGAAGAUUUUGAUAACCCCAUCAUGAAGAAUCUGAGGAAAGAUAUUUUUAAGAAAAGAGGCGAGUACCUGAUCGAUGCAGGAUACCAGUUGCAUAACUUGUUCUCAGGUUUACUGAAAUAACGACUUAAAGCCAUUUGAGACGGUUGUAUUCUCCCUCGAGGAGCUUUUACACCAGAUGCACAGCUCUUAUGAAAGUAAGACCAAGCAGCUGGAAGUGAGGUACCAAAUCGUUUGUCGUAUGAACAAUGAGUUUGAUAAGAAGCUUAAGAAAUAUGAAGAUGAGAAGACAAACAAGAGUGAUUCCAACCUCUCCAGAUUAAUUACUAAGCUUGGAUACGCUUAUGACGAACUAGGCGAAAACUCAAAGAAAAUUUCAAAAUCCCGGAAGCACAAAGGCCAUCGAGAUUUCCUUAGAAUGGAGACCAUCAAUCCUGAAAAUAGCUCGUGCGAGGUCCUGAAUGACAUCCUGCAUUCAUUCUCUACUGCUAACAUCGGAAAUAGUCAGUUUGACCAAGAGACAGACCAUCUAGAGAAAUUUAACUUGAUAAAUGAGUUUACCCAUACUCUUCAAGGAACUCAGGUCAAAACUGCUAAAAGCAUUUUGAAUCGGAUCAAAAGAAAAGUCCAGUCAGUCAACACUGGAGUUCAAACCAGCGAAGACUUGAUAGGUGAACUUAAAGAAAUGAUCCAACAGCUAAAGCAAGAUUGUAGGAAAAAGGAUCAAAAGAUAAAUCAGAUGGACGUCGAGAAGAGCAAUUUGAUCGAAAGAGCCAAAGAAACGCAGGAGAAAAUGGAAGCUGAGAGAGCUAAAGCUAUCUCAGAAUCCAUGAGAUGUGAAGCCCUUGAAAACUCUCGGACUAAGCUAUCAAAAGAAAUCCAACGGAAUGAAGGCAGGCUCAAACAUCUUGAGAGAGAAAAGUUACUCAAAGAGAAGUUACAAGAAGAGAUGAAGGAGCUUGAAGCUAAAACAAAGGAAACACGAGAGAAUCUCCUCAAGAAAGACUCUGAGCUUCGAAGCUUGCUACUUAAAGUUGAAGAUCCUGAAUUUAUCUUAACAAAAUCUCAAGAGAUUAUGAAAAAUAAUCCAGAAUUUUUAAAAUCGGUAUGUGAAGUUCUUGAAAAAUCUUCGAUUGGGGUAAAGAUUCUCAAACAGAAAAAUUCUGAGCCUGGAAUAAAAGAUAAAAACAGCAAAGUCUCUGACUCUUCUGCAAUAAAAAGUAAAACUACUAAAACCGUGAUAAAAAGUUCUAUGAACAACUUAUCUCCAAGCGGGAAUCCAAAGAAAACGAACUCUAACAUUGAAGCUUCAGAUACUUCAGAAAGUGUGCACAGAGAUCGCCAGGACAAAGAAGACAUAAAGCAGAAGUAUAUCCAGGCAGACAAAAAUAAGAAGAAUCUUGGAUUUGAGUCAAAGUUCCAUAUCAGCGAGAAUAGUGAUAGUGAGAGCCAUAAAGAUCCCUCGAGCUCAAGAUCUAAGAAUGGCAGGCUUAAAGGUCGCAAUAGGAGUUUAAAGACUCAUGAUAAGUCUCCUGCAGGGCUUGAUAACUCUCAGAAAAUUAAAGAUUCAGGAAAGCUACAAUUUACGAACAUUAAAGUCAAAACUCGAAUGCUAAAUGGAGGAAAAGCAACUCACUCAGAUGCAAAUCUCAGUAGCGAUGACCCUCAUGCUCUGGGUAGUCUCCAAAGUCCAACAAGAGACAAAUCUGGGGCUAAGCCCUACAACAUAGCUAUCAUUAGUAAAGUCCUCAAGAAAGGAAUACAUGACCGUUUAUUCAGGAAUCCUAAAGGAUCUCGUAAAAAUGCGACUACUUUUGAUGAUAAAGGAAUCCCUCAUAGCGAGGCUUGUGGUCCUAACUGUCGACAUUUACAGUUCCUGAAUGAAAUGCAGUCAAAGAUCCCUGAUGGAAUGUAUAUUCUAAAACAGACGCAACAUAAUUUUGGAGCAAAUCUGUAGUAUUUUUAAAUAUUUCUGGGCAAACUUUUAAUCAAAUCUGAAUAUUCUUACAUCGUUCUUAAGACAUUCCUCACUGAGAAAACUCAACUUAUCUUCACAGAAAUUUAGGUUUCCUCUUAAUAAACAUUUAGUGCAUUUUAGGUAAAGCUGAGAAAAUUCCUAAGAUCUUUUCUAUGGAAAUGACCAGAAGGGCUAUAAAGGUCUUGAAUGAGUUUUUAUAGCAAUCUUUUUAUAGAAUCAGGGUCUAGAAUAGUACUUCCAAGCUUGAUUUGCUCCUCAUCAAUCCACAAUUUCCCACAAAGUCAUCAAAUUCUAGAACUAAUUAAUUAAUUUUUGGGAGGAAUUUCAAUUUU